AUGAAGGUUGGUAUUGAUACAAUUACUCGGUUGCAAAAUGAUCCUUUUUGCAUCAGAAACAUCUGCAUCCUAGCCCACGUUGAUCAUGGAAAAACAACCUUGUCUGAUUCUUUGCUUGCUUCAAAUGGUAUUAUUUCUCAAAGAAUGGCAGGAAAAGUUCGUUAUCUCGAUUCAAGACCAGAUGAACAAUCAAGAGGUAUAACAAUGGAAUCCUCCUCAAUUUCUCUAUACUUUAGAGUCCUACAAAAGGUGGAGGGCUCCUCUUCCCCCAAAGUAAAUGAACACUUGAUUAAUUUGAUUGACUCUCCUGGCCAUAUAGAUUUUUCUUCUGAAGUUUCUGUAGCUUCCAGAUUAUGUGAUGGGGCUGUUGUGUUGGUUGAUGUGGUUGAAGGCGUUUGUUCUCAGACAAUAGGAGUCUUGAGACAAUGCUGGAUUGAUAAUUUAAAACCGAUUCUUGUCUUAAAUAAAAUUGAUCGACUAAUAACUGAGCUAAGGUUAUCUCCUGAAGAAACAUAUAUUCAUCUUUCAAAAAUUAUAGAAACUGUGAAUGCUGUGCUAGGCUCCUUUUUUGCUGGUCAGCGAAUGCAAGACGAUUUGUUAUGGAGAGAGAAAUUGGAAAAAAAUUUAAGUACAAAAGAAGAUGAAUCUCAAAAGUUUGUUGAAAACGAUGACAAGGAUCUAUAUUUUGAUCCAAUUAAAAAUAACGUCGUCUUUGCAAGCUCAAUUGAUUCCUGGGGCUUUACCAUUUCUCAAUUUGCACUAUUCUACGAAAGCAAACUACAUAUGAAUAGAUCCACUCUACAAAAAGUUCUUUGGGGUGAUUACUACUUUUCUCCAAAAUCAAAAAAGAUUCUAACUUCAAAGGGUUUGAAAGGAAAAAAUUUGAAACCUUUAUUUGUUUCUUUUGUUUUAGACAAUAUCUAUAAAGUUUAUCAAAAUACAAUUGUCGAGAAAAAUAUGGCUCAAUUAGAAAAAAUAAUAUCUGUCUUGAACCUCAAAAUCUCUCCAAGAGACUUGAAAUCAAAAGAUACAAAAAAUUUGCUAAAAAUUAUUAUGGCUCAAUGGCUACCACUUUCUUCAUCGGUUUUGCUUACUGUAAUUCAAAAGCUUCCUUCUCCUAUCGAUUCUCAAAAGGAAAGAGUUGCUUUCCUCAUUGAAGAUUCUCCUUCCGCCCAAUUAAUAGAUGAAAAAUUGAAAGCUGGUAUUUUAAACUGUGCUUCUGAUAGUCCCGUAAGUUGUUAUGUUUCUAAAAUGCUAUCUAUUCCAGAGGAAGAGUUGGCACAGAAAUACACCCCUAAUAUGGAUGAUAUAAUAGAAAGAGGUCGCAAAGCACGUUCAGAAGCAAAAAAGGCUGCAGAUGCUUUGGAAGCAACCAGUGCUCUGUUUUUGCAUGGUGAUGAUUUGGAUAGUAGCAAUCUCACUUCAAAACAAACUUCUGACUUUGAAUUUGAAUUUGAAUUCGAAGAAGAUGAAGAUGAAGAAACUCAAAAGCCGGUUGUAUUACCCACAGAACAUUUAAUUGGUUUCGCUAGAGUGUUUAGUGGAAAAUUGAAAGUAGGUGAUUCCUUGCUAGCUCUCGGUCCAAAAUAUGAUCCCUCAGUUCCAGCAGAACAUGUUGCAAAAAUUACCAUUUCCAGUCUUUAUUUAAUAAUGGGCAGGGAGUUUGCCUCUGUUCAGGAAAUUCCCCCCGGCAAUAUUUGUGGAAUUGGUGGCCUAGAAGGGAAAGUGCUUAAAAAUGGGACUUUAAUUUCUCCAAAUAUCACAGGAAUCAAUAUGGCUUCUAUCUUCAAAAGUUCUCCAAUAGUGAAAGUUUCUAUUGAGCCCGUGGAUCCAACUCAAAUGAAAUAUUUGGAAAAUGGCUUAAAGUUAUUGAAUGAAGCUGAUCCUUGUGUUGAAACAUAUGUCGAAGAUAAUGGUGAACUUAUAUUAGCCACUGCUGGCGAGUUGCAUUUAGAAAGAUGUUUAAAAGAUUUGAAGGAAAGAUUUGCUGGAAUUGAAAUUCAAGUCUCAAAGCCAUUAAUUCCAUACAGAGAAACUAUUGUCUUUGCAAACGAUAUGAGUCCUCCUAUCAAUGAAACAUUAGGAAGAGGGUUUUCAAAAUUGGUUGUAGGUGAUAUUAAGUUAGUUUUCAAGGUUCAGCCCCUUUAUAAAGAAGUGACUAAAAUUUUGAUUGAGAAUCAAGCUUUAAUAGAACAAUUCACAAAUCCUAAGAAUAUCAGGGCAAAAGCAUUAUCUAAACGGGUAUCAGAUUUUCAGAAGAUGCUUCAAGAAGUGUUUGAAGAAAAUCAUUACACGAAAGAUGAAGAAGUGCUUAAUGUUGAAAAUAUUGUUUCGUUUGGUCCUAAAAGAGUUGGUCCAAAUAUUUGUUUCGAUUUUACCAAAGGAAAUAAUUUUAAAAGGCUAUUUCUGGAAUCUAAUAAUAAUAAUAAGAAUAUUUUUGAACAUGAAGACAGUAUAGUAAGUGCUUUCCAACUAGGUACAUUAUUGGGACCUCUUGCUGAUGAGCCUGUUCAAGGAAUAGCAGUGAUUGUUUUUUCUCUUGAAACUCUAUCAGAUUCAAAUGAUAUCUCGGGUAAGUUGAUUCGUGGCACUAGAGAGUCUAUCAAAAAUGGAUUUUUGGACUGGUCUCCCAGAAUAAUGUUAGCAAUGUAUCAGAGUACAAUUCAAACCUCACCAGAAGCAAUCGGGAAAGUUUAUAGUGUCAUCCAGAGAUGUCGUGGACAUAUUAUUUCCGAAGAAAUGAAAGAAGGAACUCCAUUUUUUACAAUCAAUUCUAGAAUUCCUGUUAUUGAGGCAUUUGGUUUUUCUGAUGAAAUCCGAAAGAAGACUUCAGGAGCUGCUAAUCCUCAGCUAGUUUUUGCUGGUUUUGAAUCUAUUGAUGAAAAUCCAUUUUGGAUUCCCAAUACAGAAGAAGAACUUGAAGAACUUGGGGAAUUUGCAGAACGAGAAAACGUAGCCAGAAAAUACGUUAAUGAUAUUAGACGAUCCAAGGGUCUUUUUGUGGACGAGAAAGUGAUAAAAAACUCUGAAAAACAAAGAACUUUGAAGCGUGAUUAG